AAAUGGAUCUAUUAGCUUACUUCUCCUAUUUCUCUUGAAUUUUUCUGAUCUAGGGUCUGCGUACCCUUUCUGGGAUUUGCAUAUUUUUUCCUUGACAGUCAAGAAACAGUCCCAGAAUCCCAUUUCCAACGAAUAUUAUAUAUUUGUUCUAAAAGUCCCCUGCAUGGGGCCAACUUGCAAUUGCGAUUCUUUUCCUGCAAGCAAAUUCCAGUGGUAGAAAUGAUACCCACGUACUGUGCCGGAUAAAAAUAAUAUAAGUACUCCAGACUACGAGAAAGCAAUUGAAAAGAAACGAUUUGUUCUCUCUUCCGUAGAUGGCGGUGAUUCAUGAAAAGCUUGCAUUUUUUUCAACUCCGUCUCCAUUAUCCAUGCAAAAUUUAUCCCUAAACAAAGUCUGACGGGUCACAAUUUACGUAAACUAUGGCGAACAUAGGGAACGAAGCCAGCUUCAACAUUUCUUUCCGUUGUACUUGUCUAAAGGACAGACCAGACAAGGAGGACGUGUAUAUAUUUUUCUCUAGUCAAUAUCCAAAAUACGGGUAUAUCUUAAUUUGAAAUCAAGAUUUCUUGUUUGGAGAGAAAUGCGAGGAAAUUGCAGAAGAGGAAAUCUUUCUUUUAUCUAUUUUUGAAUUAUUAAUUGGAGAUCUCGAUGGCGCGUAUAAAAUAGAUAUUGAUGAGAAUUAGGUGGAGUUUAUAACGAUUUGGAAUCCGGGAAAGGAAAUGGUGUUGAAUGAUUUGACUGAGGGACCGUGAGGAGGUCUAGACAUUUUUGAAACCGCCGUGGGAAGGCAGAAUCUCGGGACUUGUUUUCACAGGCAACAUGAGCUGGCUAUUGUGAAUUUGUAUUCACACAAUAUUUGAAAGGGAUGAUGGCUGAUUAUAUACUAUAAGUAUUGAUUUAUUUGUACUGUGGGGGAUUCGCAGCUUGCUUGAGAAAUUGGAAUUUAAAGGAAUUAUAUUUGAGAAUGAUGAGAAAAAUCUAUUGACACCUCAUUAUUUUGUGGAGAAAGGGUGGGAUUGAUCGUGUGGUUUUGUCCUGAACAUACUUUUAUCUCUGGCUUGUUUGGAAUUAGAAGAGGUGCUAUUCUUAUCAGUAGUCUUUUCUGCACCAUUUGUUUGCUGACUAAUAGGUUUAGAAACGAUUGUGCAGAAGGACAAACUGAAAAUGUUGGUUGAUGUUAUCAAUGAAAGCCCGAAACCUGCUUUAAAGCCGUCUGUAUUAUCACUCUAGUCCUUCUGUGAGAUGUCGUGAAGAGGAACUUACCGGAGGUUUCUACCUGAAUGCAGCACCUAAACGAUAGCAGUUGUUGUAAGGGAUUGUUUCAAAGUCAUACUAGCCUUUUGCAUUCUAGCUUUCUGUUUGGAAAUCUUGAAUUACAGAAUUAAUUCUAAAGCUUACUGCCCAUUAUGCAGUAUUAGGAGAAAGACAGAACUCGCAGAUGUUGAUUAUUCCUUGGAAGUUAAUAUUUUAGCAGAACAGGUGCUUCCAGUCAUAAGUCUUGCUUUAAUCAGAAGCAGUACUCACUGACUGUGUAACUUGUUUAUUAAGCCAAGCUCCAAGUGUUUGAAGGCUAGCCAUUUGAUAUAUGAGUAUACCCUGAAUGCCUAACUUGUGAGAUCUGGUCAGGAACUAAAGAAGCCUUCUUUUAGUUAAGCUUGUAGAAUAAACUAUAAUCUUACAUCUUACCUGAGGGGAAGGACAGCACUUUGAGUUGUCUUUACGAGGCAAUUUUUUUUGAAAAUUCUAGGUGGACCGGGGGAUCUGUCGUGGAUUGAAACUAUAUUAAGAUGUCUUGCAAAAGUGUUGUUCGGGAUGUGAGAAACGGGAUUGGUAGCAUUUCCAGGCGAAGUUUUGAAAUUAAGUUUUCCCAUCAUGAUAGAAGAUCUCAAAGUGCAGCUUUUGAUGGAGGGAUUCAAGCUCCUCUUAUCCAGCAAAGUCGCUGGGCUAACCUUCCUCCAGAACUAUUGCGUGAUGUGAUUCAGAGGUUAGAGUCUAGUGAAGGUACUUGGCCGGCACGAAAGAAUGUUGUUGCUUGUGCUGCUGUUUGCAAGUCUUGGAGGGAGAUGUGUAAAGAGAUUGUCAAAACACCAGAGCAGUGUGGGAAGAUUACAUUUCCCAUAUCAUUGAAGCAGCCCGGGCCAAGAGAUGCACCUAUACAGUGCUUUAUUAAACGGGAUAGAGCAACUGCUACAUACCAUUUGUACAUGGGUUUAAGCCCUGCCUUGAUUGUUGAAAAUGGAAAAUUUCUUCUGUCUGCCAAGAGAGUCAGGCGAGCUACAUAUACGGAGUACAUAAUUUCUAUGGAUGCAGAAGAAAUGUCUCGAACAAGCAGAACAUAUAUUGGUAAAUUAAGGUCAAAUUUCUUGGGUACCAAAUUCGCAAUACAUGACAGUCAACCACCAUUUAGUGGUGCAGUGUCACCUAGGCAAACAAGGAGGAGAUUUUAUUCGAAGAAGGUAUCUCCGAGGGUACCUUUAGGCAAUUAUAACAUAGCUGACAUUGCAUAUGAACUUAAUGUACUUGGCACAAGAGGACCAAGACGAAUGCAAUGCUUAAUGCAUUCAAUUCCAGCUUCAGCUAUUGAAGCUGGAGGAAGUGUACCAACCCCGUCAGACUUUCCUCGUUCAUUAGAGGACUCUUUUUCCUCAUUAUCUUUUUCCAAAACUGCAGAACAAUCUUUGGAUUUCAGCAGUACAAGUUUAUCAGAAAUUCAUAUUGGUAUUCAAAAUAAAGAUGGGCCCCUCGUUUUGAAAAAUAAAUCCCCAAGGUGGCAUGAGCAAUUGCAGUGUUGGUGCCUAAAUUUCAAAGGGCGUGUGACAGUGGCAUCUGUUAAAAACUUUCAACUUGUUGCAGCGACAGAACCCUCCCCGCAGCCAGUGGCUUACAGUGAUCAUGAUAAGGUUAUCCUUCAAUUUGGAAAGAUUGGUAAAGAUAUUUUCACCAUGGAUUAUAGGUACCCAUUAUCUGUCUUCCAAGCUUUUGCCAUUUGCCUUAGCAGCUUUGACACAAAAUUGGCCUGUGAAUAACACAACAGUAGCUAAGUAGCUUGUUAAAAGAAUUUGUCAGUUUGUUGAUUAGGCAAAUUGCUGCAUUGUUUAACAUAUGCCCUAGUUAGGAUAUGUUUGCAUGACUAAAAGGGUAUGUAUGUAAGGUCUCGGUCCUGAGAUUUUGAAGGAUAUGAAGACUAGAUCCUGUCAUGCAUAGUUUCCUGUGUCUGAACGCUAUGUUCAUAUUUUGUUUUGGUCUAUAUGCGAGAACCUGUAAUUUCAGUGAUUAAUAUCCACUGGCCAUCUGAUGGUUCUUAUUCUCAAGGUUUAGUCCUCUUCAAGCUUUAAUUCCAUGCCAUAUUGUUCCUUGUCGUUGGAAAGGAUUAGAUUGAUCACAAAUCAAAGUUCACCAAUGGUUAGCAUAUUGGCAAAAUGAGGUUAACAUUUGUAGAGCUUGGGGAGUUCAGGUCGGCUAUAUGAAGAUUUGGUUCAUACCAUUGAUUA